GCAGCUACGCCUUCAGAAUGCACUACCGGGUUCUCACUCUCUCUUACGUGGCGGCGGUCACGCUCCUUGCCCUCGUGACGUCGGGGGCGGCAACGAGAGAUCGAAGGCAGGCCAGUUGCGGUGCCGGCGCACCAUGCAUCGUCGUCGACUCCUGCCCUCGUGUGAAAGCGCUCUUCCUGUCUCCCAACGCAGGCGACAAGCACAGGGCCCAGCAACUGGUGUGCGGAAGAGAGGGCAGACGUCUUAAGGUGUGUUGUGCCUCCUCAAACGUGACGCCGACGCCAACACCCGUCACUGCAACGCCCACCAGCAACCCCGGGGGGAACGGACAGCUGUUGCCCUCAAACUGCGGACAGGGUUCCGUUUUAGGGAAAGUUUUCGGUGGUACAAACACUGUUGUUGGCGAAUUUCCUUGGGUCGCUGCUCUGGGAUAUUUAGCUCCACGUAGCAGUGGCCCUCUGGAGUGGAAUUGUGGAGGAGCUCUCAUCAACGACCGUUACGUCCUGACAGCUGCUCACUGUGGCCAUGUAGAUAGUCUGUUUGGCUAUACUCUGACUGCAGUCCGUCUCGGCGAACACGACUUCUCCAAGACCAAGGACUGUAACUCAGCGGGAAUCAACUGCUUGCCUCCUGUGCAAGACUUCACGCCUGAGCAAGUCAUCCUCCAUCCUUCCUUCAACAAACGUGCCCCCGAGAGUGAUGAUAUUGCGCUCAUCAGACUGAACAGGAGGGUGCAAUUCAACGCUGGCGUGCAGACCAUCUGCCUCCCUCCCGCUGGCUUAAACGUUGGCUCCUUCCUUGGGGAUAGAGACGCUAUUGUGAUUGGCUGGGGGCAUACGGAGAACACCAUGGAUGUACAGGUGCUGCAGAAGGUCGCGCUACCUUUCGUUGAUUUCGCCACCUGCCAAAGAGCUAACGCAGGAGAAAAACUGGUUAGCGGACAGGUUUGUUUCGGCGGAAGGGCGGGACAAGACUCAUGCAGUGGUGACUCCGGUGGCCCUCUCUUCUUGGACACUUCCCCUGGCACCAUCCUGGGUGUCGUGUCGAAGGGCGGACCGUGUGGGAGGGCGGGCGUGCCGGCGAUCUACACCGACGUCGCCGCCUACAGGGGCUGGAUCGUGCAGAGUCUCAAACCCUAGGGCCAACCUCGCUUAUUUUCCCUACGGUGCCUUUGCUCUCUCGCUAGUUGUGCGGGCGACUCACAUCACUAAUAUUGAAUGUUUUUUUUUUUUUGUAUUAUCACUUUAUCUUAUUGUUUAAACAGCUACGGGAGAUUAAUUGAAUAUUUCUGUUGUUAUUCUUUUCUUUCAUUUUUUGUUAUCCGUAAGAUACUUGAAGUGUCCGAAUGAAAGAGCUUUAUGUAAUUAUGUAAUGGAACACAUAGAAACAACUGUCAACUUGUGAUUGAUGUCUUUUAAUCAGUUUGUUGUGAUUAGGCCUAUGUAGUUAUCUGUUUAAAUAUUGAUUUUCAGACGUUUUUAACAUCUAUGUUUUUUUUCCCAGAAAUAUGAUCUAAAUAAAAAAAACAUAACUUUG